AUGGAAGGAAGGGUGUAUUUUGUGUUAUUUUGUUUAUUUCAGUGUAUAUCUGCUUUCGAACAACAUUUUCAGUUUUGCACGAAUAAUACGAAAGUACGGAGCUGCACACCCCAGAUUCUCGGUGAAGAUAACUCUGAUGAUGAUACGUGUAAAGUAGAGGUGAUACCGCCGAAUAGUUCAGAUUGUGUGGACAGCUUUGGCCCAAUUGAAAAUAAUGCUCAUAUAGGUGGCGUCAGCUUACGGCCCUAUAUAUUGCCUGUGGAACAUAGAGAUAAUACUGAAUUUUACUCUGUUAAUUACACAGUACUGAAUAUUACGUUUAGCAAUAUAAAAUGGAAAACCAUGAAGUUCCGCUUCCAAAAAUACAAGAACAUGGAGAGCCACUGCAGAAACAUAGUCAUAUCUAACGAUGUCACCAUCAACGACCAGUCUGUGCUGUAUUAUGACUGUUACUGGUCACUAACCGAUGGUAACUACAAUGGCCAGAGUCAUAUCUUGGAUUUUGAAGCGACAGAUGACUUUGUCGUGAACAGGGGGAGAUAUUACUUCAAUAUUCCAUCGGCUCAGAUGCUCAGCCCGACUAUAAGCGAAAAGGACUGGAAGCCAUUUGUAUACAUUGAGAUAUUGACAACUACGAUGAACCUGCACAUAAUGCCACCACCAUCACAAUUAAGGAUCACAGCUUAUCAAAUCGAGGUGAUGAAGGAGUGCGACUACAAGAGCCAAUGCGAGGAGCUGGUGAAGACAGCCAUAGUCAAAGUGAAGAACGGCACCAGGGAAGUGACUUUCAACUACAGCUUGUUGAAUUCCCCGGGGUCCUACUAUUUUGUGGUGACUCCUCAGCAUGAGAAGUGCAAGGGUUCAGUCAUGGAAUGCCAGUCUGUGGAGAGUCCAAGGAUCACGAUAAACAGCGAAGUCCACCAGGCGAUGAACAUAUGUAUAGCCAGCAUCACAGCUCUUAUCUUGGCCACGCUGUUCUUGUACUAUAUCGUGCUGCGCGGUAUCCGGCGAUAUUGGUGCAAGGAGUAUGGACAAGAAAUCCCACCACCAACGAAGGUGCUGGUGAUCUACCCAACAGCGAACAGGUUACACGCAGAAUGCGUCGCCUCGUUCGUUGCCUACCUGCGCUCCGAAUAUGGCUUCGAUAUCAUGUACGACGGAGACAUCUCCACCACGGCUCAUGGGGACCCCUACCUCUGGGCGGAAGAGGCCUUCAAACUCACGUCCCACGUCGUCUAUGUGGUGGGACCGGCCGAAGACACCAACGCCUACAACAACAUAUACGACAAACCAAUAAUAACCGCCCAUAAGGUGGACACCCUUCUUCUGUCCCUGGUGCGUGCGUCAAAAACGACGAAACACAAAAAGGACGUCACGAACGUCUUCUUCGACCACUCUGACGGGGAGGUGCCGGUGGAAACGCGACACGACAAGUCCUUCUACCUACUGAAAGAUUGGCAGAAGUUCAUCGCUUAUCUGUCGAGGAACCUGCUCCCGCGCAGGCAGUUGCUGAGGACGGAAAGGGGGAAGUGUUUCCUGGACGAUUUGUCCCGGGCGAAGAAGCUGCUGAGCAACGGCCGGUAUGAAGGUAUCAAGUUUGACAAGAGCGUGGACAAGAAAGUCGUGCUGUGA